AUGGAGUUUGAGAUCAUCCUUGGAAUCUCCUCCGGACCAGAAAAUUCCAACUGGGACCCAAAAUCGGUGAUGGAGUUCGGGAUCAUCCUUGGAAAUGGCGCCAAAAUUGAAGAAAAAAGGGCACUCGGGGCGGGAGCAGAAAAAGAACAUUUUGGUGUCCAAAACGCGUCGCCGCCGCCGCCCUUCGUGCCCGCGCAGGUGCCCGUGCUGGAGCACGCCCUGCCGGGCGCCAUGUUCGACACCAUGGCCCACUUCGGGCAGCCCAUCCUGCACCUGCCCCAGCCCGAGCUGCCCCCGCCCCACCUGCCCCCGGCGCCCGAGCACAGCACCCCGCCCCACCUCAACCAGCACGUGGUGUCUCCUCCAGGUCACCUGCGGGAAGCCCCCUCCCCCCUCAUGAUGCCUUCCCCACAGAUGGCGCCGUUCCAGGGCCUCGUGCCUCAGUCGCCCCCUCAGCAGAGCAUCCAGCCAAAAAAACAGGAGCUGCGGGCGGUGUCGGGAUCAGGAUCAGGAUUGGGGUCGGGAUCGGGGUUUUAG